GCGCGCGCGGGCUCCUGCCGCGCCGCGACGCGCCGCGAUGGCCCCCAAGAAGAAGGGCCGGGGCGGCGGCGCCAGGGCGGACGCGGAGGCGGCUCAGCCCGAGCCCGGCCGCGACUUCUACCUGCUGCAGAUCCGGGACCUGGAGCAGCGCCUGGCCCGGUACCAGCAGCGAUGGGACGAGCUGCAGGCCGGCGAGGACCUGCUGCGGAUGGAGAACGAGCAGAUGGCCAGCGACAACAAGGAGAUCGUGGCCUUCCUCAAGAGGACCCUGAACCAGCGGGCGGAUGAGAUUGCCGAGCUCCACAACCAGCUGCUGGGCCUCCAGCAGGCCAAGGAUGCGGAGAAAGAUGCUUUCGAGGCCCAGCUGGCCCAGGUGCGGCACGAGUUCCAGGAGACCAAGGACCAGCUCACGUCCGAGAACAUGCUGCUCAGUGGGAAGCUGGCUGCAUUGGAGGAGUUCAGGGUCCAGAAAGAUGAGCUCAUGGCCAAGUUUGCGACCCUGGAGGAGCAGCUGCAGAAGCAGGAGGAAGGUCACAAGGAGUACACUUACAACCUGGAGAGGAAGAUGGUGCUGGACAGGGACAGGCUGAAGAAGGAGAUGGUGCAGCGCGUCAAUGUGGUGGCAUCCGAGUUUCGCAAGGUGUCCCACAGUCAGAUGGCUGAGACCACCAAACGCGCCAUCCGGGAGAAUGUGGCCAUCAGUGUCCAGCUGACCAAGCUGUCUGACCGCAGCUAUGACCUCCUCCAGGAGAAUGAGCAGCUGAAGGAGGCUCAGGUUGAGAUGCAGAAGCAGCUGGAGAUGCUGGAGCACAAUGAGAAAGAGAUGGCCAAGAACAGCCUCAGCCACCAGAAGAUGAUUUGGAUGCUCAUCCGGAGAUGCAAAGAGCAGAAGCUGCUGCUGAAUGAGUACACAAAGCAGAGGGAGGCCAUGUGCCACCUGGAGGUGGCCCACAAGGAGCUGCAGGGGGAAACCCAGGCACUGAGAGAGAGGUUGCAGAAGCUGGAGGAGGAGGCAAGGAGGAGGGUGGCAGAAGGGCAGAGUCAGGCCAGGCUCCUGGAAGAGGAGCAGAAGCAGAGGAAGAAGGCAAAAAGGGUCCUGGCUCGGGUGGUGCAUGUCCUGAAAGAGCUGCUGCUGGAGAAGCCAGUUGACGAGGAGGAAGGCGAGUUCGAUGUCGUAUUCCAGCUGCGGCGCAAGGAGAAGCUGCAGAGUCUGCUGGCCCUGGUGCAGCAGGUGGCUCGGGGGGAGCAGAGGCUUCCAGAGCAGGAGUUCCCACCACUGCGAAUGGCCAGCAGGGAGCACCACUUGGAGCGGUCCAGCCAGCUGCCCUCAGCCCUGCAUGUGAAGGCUUCCCGUGUGCUGUCUCACCACUCGAUUAUGUGGCAGGGGCAUGUGCCGCAGCUGUGCCACAGCAUGCCCAACAUGAGCCAGCUAGGCCUGCUGCCUGAGACCACCUGCUUCGGGACCCUCCGUGCCUACAGCAGCAGCCCAGAGCAACUCGUGACUUCCUGGCCAGAGGAGACACAGGGGAAGCAGCCAACCACCCUGCCCAAGGUAGUGGUUAAACCCUCCUGACGGCAGAGGCUGGGCUGUACAGGAAGCCUGCGGGGACAGACGCCUUUCCUGCCAGCCAACUGCUGUUCUGCUGGGUGGCCUGAGCAAAGGAGCAGGAUUGAGGACAAACAUGGGGGGGGUAGAGGACACAUGGAUUUAUUUUCCAGUUAGUGCAAAACUGUUCUAUGAAAAUGCUGUCAAGACAGUUGAA